AGGUAAAACGUCUCUUGCUCACCAGUUCAUUGAUGGGGAGUUUCUGGAGUGUUAUGACCCCACGGUGGAAAGCACUUACAAUAAAAUGUUGAUGGUGGGGAAAGAUGAAUUCCAUCUGCAACUAGUAGACACUGCGGGACAGGACGAAUACACUAUUUUGCCUCAUUCCUUUAUCAUCGGCAUCCACGGCUACGUGCUGGUAUAUUCUGUCACGUCCCUCAAGAGUUUUCAGGUUGUGAAGUCUCUACACAGCAAGUUGUACGAAAGCAGAGGGAAGACAAGGAUGCCUGUAGUGCUUGUUGGCAAUAAAGCUGAUUUGUCACUAGAAAGCCGUCAGGUGAAGACAGAUGAAGGACGGAAGCUUGCUGAUUCGUGGGGUGCUGUUUUCCUAGAAUCCUCAGCAAAAGAAAACCAGAUGACUCAAGGUAUCUUCACAAAGGUCAUCGAGGAAAUUGAUCGUGUGGACAACUCCUAUGGUGAACAGCGCAGCUGCAUCUUGAUGUGAUGCCUGUUUCUCCCUACCUGAGGCCACUCUGCCAGUGGGAGGGGUGCAUCAGGUGAAUCAGGCCAACUCGGGACAAGGUAUUACAGCUACCUAGAGUCCUGAACAACAGGUCUGAAGUAGCUUACGGGUAACCCACACAUAGACACAACUAUACCUCGUUACUCCUCUCCUAUAGGAGGGAGCCAUUUUUUUGCACAUGAGUUUGCUAGACACAAUGUGUGUGUAUGUAUAUAUAGGGGUGUGUGUAUGUGUGCGUGCGUGCGUGUAUGUAUGUAUAUAUGUGUUGCCAAAUGUUUACAGAACUGGGUACCUGGGAGCACAACGGGUUCUAUUUAUGUUUUGGGUUUUUUUUAAUGGAGGGGCUCUUUUGUCCAUUUAUUUCAAAGUAGCAUCCAUAUAUGCACAAAGUUUACAUAUUUAUCUGUUCACUGCUUGGUGUAAUGGAGAGGCUGCCGAAUGUAUAUUUUCCUCCCUGUGGAAUCCAUUGAGGGCUGGUUCUUUGAUCUACAGUUGUUCCCCCUCCCCCCCAUUGGCAGCUAAACCAGAAAUGCUGUUAUUCUUCAGUUGUGCCUCUUGCAACUCAUUGCCUUAUUUUUGGCAGGGUGAGAGUUUAGUCUCCGAUCUGAAUCCAAAAGUGCAUUCCCCCUACUCCCCAGCUUCCACUGUAGCUCUGGAACGCUCGAAAUGGCUAAUGGCUCAGUGAGGCCUGGUAAACUUUUCUUUCAUUAUGGAAAUAAAAGGAAAAUUCUUCAGGAGCCAGAUGGCAAAAAACUUUAUGUAAGAAGCAUCAGCAUACUGACUACUGAUCUGAUGAUGUUGCAUCUAGUCUUGAUAUAAAUACUGGGAACUGCUUAGUGUUGCUACAAAGAUGGGGGGGGGAAGCAAGAUGUUGUAGAGGAGUCCUGUCUGAACUCUUCCAUCUCCUUAUGUCUUGCUUACGGCCAUUGUUUCAUCUGGAAGAUCUUUGAAGCAAUGCAGAGAGGGGUGUUUUGGGGGGGGGAACACAUCUUCCAUUGACACUGACUGGAAAGACCUAGCUUUCUGAGGGGGUGAAAUGUUUGCACUUAUCUUGUUAAUGGCUGGGGGGGGAUGCAGUUUGCUGGAAGUCUUGGAUGUGUUUCUACAAAGUCCAGCUGUGUUGCCUGAUUAUGCUAAAGUGGAGCAGAGAGAAGAGGCCUCUUUCUAAAUCUUUGCUAUGCUAGAGUGUGAAAUGCAACCAUGUCUUUCCAUAGGGUAGCUAUGUAGCAUUCAAACUCCUCAUUUUCUGCAAAAUUGUUCAUGUCCGGCUUCCCAUCAGCAUGAAGCUGCCUUUUGUUUAGAGAAUGGACAGAUGACAUGUGAUCCUCCAAGUACUUUGGGACUGCAAUUCCCAUCAUUCUUCAUCAUGAUCUAUGCUAGCAUGGACUGAUUAGAGUUGCAGUCCAAUAACACUUUGAAAGCCACAUUUUGCUCCUCCAUUGACUAAGGUCAGAUGUAACAGGGCACACUCUUAAUAUUCUGGGAUUAUUGAUUCCCCCCCCCUCCAGAAAGGGAGCUUUGAAAUGGGUUCCACAGUUUCUGAGUAAACAGCUGCCCUCCCACCUCACUUGGCUUGCCUAGCCCCAGACUGCAUAGCGCCUGCCUUCUUGUGCUCUGUCCAUUUUGGGUCAAAUACAAACUAGGAGGCUUUGGGGCAUUUCCUUUGAUGGAGGCUGGGGUGCAAAGGGCUGCUGGAGGGAAUGUAGACACGCAGACUCCCACCGGCUGCCUGGCAGUAGCACCCUGGAACACUAGGCAGUCUUGGGCAGAGCAGAUCUCAGGAAGCAGUUGCUCUUGAACCCUCGUGCACUGUGGCCUGUGAAAAGUGUGUGUGUGUGGGAGAUCUGCUGGCAUGGUCUGGACAGGUCCUGACUCCAGCCAGAGUACCGCUGGGCCCACAUUCUUUAAUGCCCAUAAUAUCUGGUGUCAAUGAGCCCCGACUCAAAGCCCAGUAGUGGCAAGGUUCCAAAUUAAAUGUCAGUGGUGAUGAAUUACUUGUUUUUUUCUUAAACUUUUUUUUGUAAAAAGAUGUAAAUGCAGUUUACACUUCAAAAGUGGGAAUGAUAUAAAAAUAUUUCUGAGCAUGUUUACAGUGAGUAACAUUUUCAGUUACUUUAAAAAUUACUUCAAUGUGUAUUUUUAGAGGUUUCUUCAGAGGCCAGGUUGAAUAGAAUUUUCAGUGAGUUUUGCCAUUCUGUUAAUAACCCUGGAAUUUUCCCCUCUUGAAAGUGACAAAUAGUAACCAACAGUGCAAGAAUUACAAUUUGUUGUUAUGUGUUGUCAAAUUGCUCUGACCUAUGGCGACCGUAUGAAUGAAUGAGCCAUCUCCAAAAUGCUACAGCCCUGCUCCGCUCUUGUAGACUCAAGCCUGUGGCUUCCUUUAUCAAAUGAAUGAACUAUAAAAAAGUGGUUUUUAAAAGCUGCAAAGAGUAAUGGGAACAGAUUACUUUUUUAAACCAAGGUUUCCAAGCUCUUAUGAUGCUCUUGUGGAGUCAACACUGUUCCAUGCUGAAAGCUUCCUCUAUACAGAUGUUGGAUUUUAGACCAGCAUCACAAAAUCAUGCACUCCUUCCAGGGCUUUCUUCCAAAUCUGAAAACUCAUGGGGGUUUUGUACUGGUGGAGAAUUGAUUUCCUGACUUCAUUGAGGGGUAUUCAGGAGAUUAUGAAGCAUCACUUGGAAUGUUAUCAAGGUCAAUAGAUUUCCUCUAAAACAACACAGAAUACUUUGGCCAAUAUAAAGCUAUAUGUUUUACCCAUGGUGGCUAGGAGCUGUAUAACAGCAAGCUAAUGAAUUUACAUUUUUAAGCUAGUGUUCUCGUCUGGUGGCCCCCAUAUUGUCUCCCCAAAAACCAAAACAAAAUAUUAGGGAUCUUAAUUAUUGAGCAUUUUAACCCUGUUGGAGAGGGGAUGGUUAGCAGUUUCUGCCCCAGUUUUGUACAGUUCUGAGCGGGGUGGAUAAAAACCAAUGAUUUUUUAAAAAUCAGAUUGAUUUAAAUCAUAAUUUAAUUUUUUUAAAAUCAAUUUUUAAAAUUUAAAGCAAAAACAAUCUGAUUUUUAAAUCUAAUCCAUCCAGUACCCUAGAUAGCUUAAUUUUUUAAUGUACCCCUUGAAGUCUGUUCUCUUCAGUUAGUUACUGCUGAAGAUGAGCUGUGCACUGCUUAGUCUUCCUCACUGUCCUCUGUCCCUUUUCCUAAGGGUAGAGCUGAAGCCAUGUCUCUCUCUCUUUCCUAAGGCGACUGUGGGCACUGGCUUGCUGCUCUUUUGUUCAAAGAGGUAAUGAAGCAACAUAUUGGCCAGCCAUUACUCUGAUGCCCUUUCAGAGACUGAGCGAGGAAGAAGCAGCUUGCGUGCCUGAUGUCCAUUUAGUGGGAGGGUUGUCCUGGACUUCUGUGUUUAAAUGUCUCAACUCUUCUGGGCUGCCAUAGAAUAUAAAACCUAACUGGUGGAUUCUGCUGCUGGGCUGUGCCUGGGGGAAGGCCAGAAGCAGGAAGCAGCUUGCAGAAUCUAGUCUUCUGUAGGUGGUGGUGGGAGGCAGGACAUACAGAUUAAUCUUGACAUGUUCUUCUGCUGAAGCCUUUCACCAAAUGGUAGAUGGAAAAGAAAAGAGAACAAGGGGAGAAAGACCAAGCAAGGCUAGCCAGGAGAGAGCCCUGGUGGUGUUUGUUGUGUGUGACUGCUCUCUAAUGCCUAUAAACGAUGCCUACCAUUUACAUAAAUUACCCUAGAGAGUAAAUAGCAUGACAUGACCUCAGUGAUGAAGGCUUGCACCUGAUUGUUUCUGGAGUGCCCGACUCACACACUUUUGGAACUGCUCACCAUCUCCUCCAUUAUACUGUACAAGGGCUGCCAUUAGCUGCUGAAGUAUGGCUAGGAGAGAGGAGGGCAAGAAGCAUGUAGGUCGGAGGACAGCAGACUUCUGCUGGUGCUCUGUCGUUCAUGGUUAUUGUAUAUAAUGUGAAUAAAUGUUAAAGUAAUGUAUAUAUACAGGCCAAUUGCCAACAUUCUGUCCCACACACUUGGCACAAUUUAACGCUGUUGGGAAUUGCAGCCUAGCAGCAUCUGGAGGGCCACCCAUUCCUUACCCCUUCUUUACACUUACAUGAAUAAUGUAAGGUGUUAGUCAUGAGAGCUGAAGGGGGAAGAGGAGUUGGAGCCCAACCUGCACAGCAGGGACAAGAUUGGAGAAGUUAUUAGAAGGUGUUUAAGUCUCCUGUUCAACUUGGGGGGGCCUCUUGUCUGCUCUUUUUCCGGUUUUGCUCAGGAAAAUGAACAGCAUUAAACAUAUUUUUGAAGCAAGGGUGAUAUAAUUUUCUGAGUGAAUGUUUCAUUGAGCAAUCAAACCUGGCCUUAGGAUCUCUUCCCUGGUUAGUCCUCAGUAGCUAAGACCUCGCUAGCAUGUAGGUAAAGCUGGGAUUAAUGUUUUGUUUUUCGUCUUGUUUUGAGUGAACCUCACUUACUGGUUUGUUACUCAUUCAUUCACUUUAGAAAGAGCUUUUUGCAUGCUCUUAGCAGUUGACCGGAUUUUCCCUAUCCUGGAUCAUUUUAUGUGGUCUACAAUUCAGCCAUUUACUGUUUACCUCUAAUUCUUAUUAAUUUAUGAAUAAGAUCCAGUUGUAGGUGAAACACAGGAAGCUGCUUAGUCCAUCUUAGUCCCUUACUGUUUAUAUCAGUCUUUCUCUACCUUUUGCCUCUUGGUUAUAACAGUGUCUAUUUUUGUUUUGUUUUGUAAGACCGGGACUCAGAAAUGUGGGGUUAGGAGGUCACCUUAUAGUUUGACCUUCAAUUAAUUGCUCAAAAGUUCACUUUUUCCACUGUGAUAGUUAGAAAGAGACAUCAAAGAAGAGAUGAUGAAAGCUCCCCUUUCUUGGACUGUAAAAAUAUAACAUUUCUUAUCUCUGAUUUGACGAUUCCAUCUUAGCUAGCUGUUUCCUCUUAUAUUAAAGUAGCCAUAAAGUGACCCUAAUAGGACAGUGUGUGGCUUGGCAGAUGCUUUGAGCCUGAAUGGCCUGGGCUGGCACCAAAGGAAAGUGCCGCUGUAUCUUGGGAUCAGCACACUUUGAGAUAGCCCAUGGUUUGCCUCCUUGUGAGAUACAUUCAGCUUAAUAUGUCUCAGUAUUCCGCGUAUUCUCUGUUGCUGCCAAAUGUAGAGUUAAUUUGCUACUAAUUGCGUCAAUUAUGCUAUUAGUGAACACAGCAAUAAUAUUGAGAUACUGCCAUCCUGAGCUGUGCUCUGGGCUGACUGAAAACAUAAACAGUCUUUAAAAGUUUUCAACUGAAGCCAUUCGGAGGUAUCUCUCACCCAGAACUCAGCCUCCCUGAAAUCCUCAAGGGAGUGUCACAGAAAAGUGGGGUGAUGGCUUCACCCUCCUUUCUUCAGGUUACAGCCAGCUGUAGGAAAGGGCUUCAGCUAACAUCCUUUUGACUCAUACAUCCACUGCCUAUAUUUAAUUUUAAAGUGAACCCACGAAUUAGGAGACAGACCAUUUCCCUUUUUCUGAUUUCGUUGGGUGAGGAGAUGACAAUGGGUAUCACGGUCAGGUAGGCACUUGCACUGCAGUUGUGAUACCUAUUUCCUGUUUUUUGGGGGAAAACAAGGUCAUAUAAUCAGUGGAUUCAGAUACCAGCUUUAAAAAGGCUUGGCCUUAUGGGUAAUCAUACCCUAGUACCCAGAAUAUUAGUUCUAGAGUCUAGUACUAACAUGUGCGGUCCCACCCCCACCACUGUAUCAGCAGUGCAGGGAGGGGGCUGGUACACAGCAAAUGGUUCUGGCUCUCCCAUUAGGCAAAAAUGGGCAGCAGCCUUAAUUAGAAAAUGCUGUGGGAGGGAAGGAGGCAAUGAGGGACAAAGCAGACUGUCCUACCUUGCAUCCUCUAGAGUCUAAACCAGUGGUCCCCAACCUUGGGCCUCCAGAUGUUCUUGGACUUCAGCUCCCAGAAAUCCUGGCCAGCAGACGUGGUGGUGAAGGCUUCUGGGAGUGGUAGUCCAAGAACAGGCAACCUUUAGCCUUUCCCAUGUUUUGGACGUCAACUCCCAGAGUCCUUACCAUUAGCCAUGUGUGGUGAUAUACCCUCUUUCUGCAUGCACGCUGCUGCAAUUAUGUCAAAGUCAGAUUCUGAGUUUUAGAGAGUGGCCGUGAAGACAGGGGAUCCAGAGAGAAGAAAAGGGCUGGUCCUAAUAGAGCAAGGGCCCGUUUUUUUUCUCAGGCAAACUGGGGAAAAUAUUCUGGGCCUGUUAUUUGCAAGAGUAAGGCAAAGUAGAAACAGGAGUGGGCUUCUUUCUGUGGAAGAUUGAAGUGUGUUGCUAUGGAGCUGGAUUGGGAAGAAAGAAUAUGCAUCUCGUUGUUAGAGAACGUAUCUCUGUCAAUACCCAUUUAAAUUAUGACUGCUAUUUGGGUAUGGAGACGGAGACUCAGUAAUUUGAGGCAACCCUUCUGUCCUGCUGUCAUCCUAGCUCGCAGUUAUUGUCCUCUUACAACAAUUGUCACCCCAUGUUCCAGAAGUCAGAAUGUUGGUGUUCAUACACGAUCUUCCCUGUAUCUUAGCUUCUGCUGCUUCUGAUUUUGCCACAGCCGGACUAUGGAAUCAUUUGGCCCACUGUGUGUUUUGGGCUACAAAUCACAUAAUCCUUUAGAACUGGCCACAUGGGCUGGGGCUUUUGGAAGCUGAAAAUAUCCAAAGACCCAACCCCUUUGGCAUGCUAUGCCAGUGUGGAGAGCCCCAACCCUUAGUAGCAAGUAGAAAUGGGAUUUUCUUAUAUACUGUUUUUUUAACCACAGCUUCUAGAGGUCUGCAGGAAUUGCCCCAACCAAAAUUAUGGGGGCUUUAUCCCCCUUCUCAAAAGGCCUCUGAGGUGGUUGAUAUAGCUUACACCUGGUGCCUAGAUGAGGGAAAAAAUGCUCAGUUUCUGAGUGCAGAGGCAGAGCAACUGGCUGGAAGAGAGGGACUAAGCUCCAUGGCACUGCAAAGCAUUAGGGCAGUUGUUCCAACCUUGGGUAACCCGGGUGUUCUUGGACAGCAGCUCCCAGAAAUCCUGA